AUGUUCACCAGGGCAUCACUAUCUGCAAAUUCCCUGUUUGUAAAUGAUGAAUAUGAUGGUGUUUGUGAAAUCUUGUUUUCAUUUGACGGAAAUUAUGGAACUCCGAGAGAUCUGAGCAAGGGAGGGAGGGAUCUUUGUUUGGACCAAAUAGAACCGUUCAUGGAAACACCCAUAGAUAUUAAGCCUUCAAUCAUUGAAGGAGAAAAUUUCUACGGAAACCUGGAUAAUCCUGGAAUGCCUGAUGAUCCUUCCAAGGCUGUAACAGGAGAAACUGGCAGUCCUAUAAAUCCAGAUGAGGAAAUUGGUGGCAAUGGAUGGAAUAUAGUUCGGGGAGCAUCAAAGGAUUACAUUUUGAAUUUUUGGAUAUAUUUUGUCAUAGGUUUUUGUUAUGAAUUUGCAAGCUUGGAAAGUUUUUUGGAAUUACAUGUUUGAAGUUUUUUUCACAUGUUUGACAAAUUGGCAAUGGAUGAAAUAUAGUUUUGGGGAGCAUAUAGUUCGGGGAGCAUCAAAGGAUUACAUUUUGAAUUUUUUGAUAUAUUUUGUCAUAGGUUUUUGGUUAUGAAUUUGCAAGUUUAGAAGGUUUUUGGGCAUUACAUGUUUCAAGUUUGGGAUUGUAAGAGAGUUGUACUUAAAUUGGAUGUUUUGGAUUUGAUAUGCGGUUUAUAUUUAAUAUGGUACUACUUUUGAAUUAAGUUUA